AUGGGCUCUGACCGGGUGAAGUUCUGCAAUCUGUGCGAACAGAAUAUUAAACCACGUGGUUGGGCCACGCACCGAAAGGCCUGCAAGAGGAACAUGCAAAUGCGGGUGCAUGAUGAAUGUGUCGCGGAAUCGAUCAGGCAGCGAAAAGCUGCAGUAAAUAAUCCUGAUGGUUCUAGAUGCAGGACUAUCAAUGUCACAGCUGCAGAUCCAAACAUCCUGCUUCCAAAUCAGACACAAGAACACCUAGAUGCUUGGGCCCCUACCAUUUUUCUCCUCAUCCUCCUCGUCUCUGCCCUUGCAUCACACCCUUACCCCGACCUUGCUCUUGUUAUCCUCGUCAUCCUCGCAUUCCCCUUCGCCCUCUACCUGUCACUCCAGCAGAGCCAGUAUAUUUGGCCAGACCCUUUCUCUGAUGAAGCAUACCCAUGCUCCGUUCCACCCGUUGACUGA